AUAUGAGGGUAGUCAAACUAUGUUCAAACAAAAAUUUUAAAUUCAUAACGUGAUUUUUCGUUAGUGAAUCUUAAAAUAUAUUAUUUUUAUAAUCAAGUAAACUAACUUCUUUAUCGAUUUAUUGUAGCUAAAAAUAUAAUACUGGUGCACACAAAUUGUUUAAGAAAAUUAAAAGGAGUGCAGAAUUUAUAAAAAUGGUUUCAUUAUCGAUUCAGUUGCGAAUAUCAAUGUAUUUAUUUAUAGUUUUAAUCGAACGUGGAUUUACAACAUCGAGUAGUACAGAAUUUCCUCCAUUAUUUGAAUCGGGGAUCAAGUAUAUGGCUGAAACUUUAAAAUGGGAGUCACAGGAGCCCAUCAACCAGGCAAGAGUUCUUCCGGAAUACGAUUUCAUCGUCGUCGGCGCCGGAAGUGCGGGAGCGGUAGUGGCGAGUCGAUUGUCCGAAAUCAAAAAAUGGCAGGUUCUGUUGAUAGAAGCUGGACAACACGCCACUCAUCUCAUGGACGUACCAUUGGCUGCUCCGCUUUGGCAAUUUUCCACAAUCAAUUGGAACUAUAAGACGGUGCCGAUGAAUAACUCGUGCCUAGGUUUCGAGGGUAGACAGUGUAAAUUUCCUAGGGGCAAAGUCAUGGGUGGCAGUAGCAUACUAAAUUACAUGAUAUAUACACGUGGUAACAGAAAGGAUUAUGACGAUUGGGCUAAAAUGGGUAACACAGGUUGGGACUACGACAGUGUUCUGAAGUAUUUUAUUAAGUCGGAAAACGCUAACUUGUCACAGGCCGAUUCGGGUUAUCAUGGAAAAAAUGGAUUGUUGUCGGUGACCGACGUCCCUUAUAGGACGCCAAUAGCCAAGGCUUUUGUUGAUGCCGGAUCGCAAAUCGGACUUCCUGUUGUCGACGUAAACGGGGAAAAACAAAUCGGAAUCAAUUAUUUACAGGCUACUAUUAAAAACGGUCGCCGUUGGAGCACAAACACUGCGUUUCUGUUCCCUGCGAAAAGAAGACCGAACCUGCACGUGAAAAAGUUCAGUACUGUAACCCGGAUAUUGAUAGAUAGAGAAACGAAAAACACGAUCGGUGUAGAGUUUUUCACAAAAGGCAAGAAAUAUAGAGUGUUCGUGCGGAAGGAAGUGAUCGUUUCUGGGGGUUCCAUAAACUCGCCACAGCUGCUCAUGCUGUCCGGAAUCGGUCCGAAACAACAUCUGGCUGACCAUCGCAUCCCGUUGGUGAAAGACUUGCCGGUCGGCGAGAACCUGAUGGACCAUGUAGCGCUCGGCAGUUUGAUAAUGUCGAUAAACGAAUCCGUUUCGAUCCGAAUGGAUAACUCUUUUGAAGAUCCGAACGCUCUGAACGACUACCUCGUGCGCGGUGUCGGCAUAAACACUGUGCCCGGGGGCGCCGAGGCUCUGGUGUUGGUGGACACGGAAAGUCCCGGGUCGACAGAUGGACAAGCCAAUCUCGAGCUGUUGAUGGCGUCGGGAACGUAUUCGUCCCACCAGCUGAUGCCUAGCCUUUGUGGCAUGAGAGACGAUCUGUACAAUGCCGUGUACCGGGCCACCGAGGGCGCGGGCGGGUUCACGGUGUUCCCGAUGUUGAUGCGUCCCAAGAGCCGCGGUCGGGUGUGGCUCCAGAACGCCGACCCGUUCCGCCACCCGCUAAUCGACCCCAAUUAUUUCGCCGACGAGACCGACCUAGACGUGAUGGUAGCCGGAGUCCGACUGUUCCAACGAAUGUUGCGCACAGGCCCGAUGAAGUCAUUCGGCGCUAAGAUCCUGGACACUCCGCUGCCCGGAUGCCGGCAACACGUGUUCGACACGGACGCCUACUGGAAGUGUUCCGCUCGACAGAUAUCGUUCACGAUCUAUCACCUGUCCGGCACGUGCAAGAUGGGACCGGCCUCGGAUCCGACGGCCGUCGUGGACCCGAGACUGCGCGUCCACGGGGUCCGCGGGCUGAGAGUGGUGGACGCAUCGAUUAUGCCGGAAGUACCGUCGGCCCACACCAACGCGCCGACGAUUAUGAUCGCGGAAAAAGCGUCCGACAUGAUCAAAGAGGACUGGAACGUAUAGACGUCGUAGUUAAAGACGCGAAAUGUACAAAUAUUUGGACAUGCUUGUCUUUAAAGUCUAUAUAUAUUUUUAUUAUAUAUAGUAUAAAGAAAACACUAAAUGCGACACCAAAGGUUACAUGUUUUUGACAACUAAACGUUGGUCACAUUUACUAAUAGGUAACACAAAACGAUACAAAAAAAAAUUUAGGAAAUUCAGAGCUCAGGCUUCUAUGAUUUGUUCAUAUUAACCUAUACUAUGUCGAGUUAUAAUAGCCGAUUAUGCGGGUUAAUAAACGAUUUCUUUUGUAUAGGUUUGAGGUAUAUAUAUAUAUUUUAUAUUUUUAAUAUAAGCUGCUGUUAUUUAUUAAUUAUUGUGCAUAAUUUUUUUUUUUUAUAAUUAAACUAGUAUUAUUUGAAUGCUCUGGUAUAUUAUUCUUGUAUUAUAAUAAUAUUAUGGUCAACAAGUGUUGAUAAUAUUUUAUGCAACUCAAUGCACAACGUCACACCAGUGAUUUUUAUCGAAUAAUAUGUUCUGAACAUAAUUCACUAUUUUACUAAUUAUGUUGUUUAUCAUAGUAUCGUCUCAAGUCAUUGUACAGAUUAUCGAUGGCGAACAGGCAAACGUAUCCACCACUUGGGAAAUCUUUACUAUAUCACCAGAUUACCUACUAAUAAGCAAAACAAAAUAUAUCGAAUGAGAUUACUCUAGUGGUUUUAGCUACAACCAUUACUAAGUAAUUUAAACAUAUGUUUCUUAAUGUUAACCACCAAAUAAUAUUGUAUAGACAUUUACUUUAUCUUUGCCUUUAUACUUAUUUUAUUCUAUUAUACCCAUAGAUCUAUAGGUUUAUGAUUAUACCUACUUAUAAUAUAUU